AGCGAGUGCGACGGCCCGAUCCUGGUGGUGUCAGUGUACUACCGGCCUAGGACUUCGACGGCAAGGAAAACGAGAGCGGAGAUCGACCACGGCUGGGUGGAGAAGCUGGUACGAGAGUACGGUAAGAAGAGAAAGCACGCGAUUCUCGUCGGAGGAGACUUUAAUGCCGAACACGAAGAAUGGGGCUACGCGAAAUCGUCAGCACGAGGUGCCGAGCUGCUGCGCAGGGCCACCGAUAUGGGACUCGUCCUGAUCAAUGAACCGGGCACCAAGACGCGGACCGCGCCCAGUAUCAACCAACAAGACACCACGCCUGAUCUAACUUGGGCCGACCCUCAUACUGCAAGGAACAUCGAAUGGAGAGUUUUCGAGGACGCGUGGGGCAGCGACCACCACCCUAUUGAGACGUGUAUCGUCGGCAGGGCAAAGCGACACAAGAAGCAUAGGACGGCAAAGACUACAGUGUGGGACGACUUUCGCACCAUUCUAGAAGGAUCCACGGGCACCAAAUUAGAUGACCUGACAAAACUGAUUAGGGACGCGGCCAAGGCCGCAACAGUCGAAACCCUAAUCGAAAAAGAAGCGCCCAUUCCGGAUACCAGAUUACUAUCCCUAUGGCGCAAAAGAACCAACCACCUGAGACGCUACCGUCGGACCCGCAAACGACGGGAUAUUCGCAAGGCCAACAGGUACGCGAAGGAGGCGCAGCGACACGCCAGCAGGCUGUGCAGGGACGACUGGAUCAAGUCUUGCGAAGAGUUCAACGAACGGACGUCACUCAGACGCAUGUGGGCUGUCUGUAACGCGAUGCUGGGCAAGAGCAAAGGCGGCAACACAGCACCAAACAUGGCCCUCGCGCAAGGCAAGGAAAUCACACAGAUACUGGACGAGAUCGGAGAUGUCUUCUUCCCGCAGCCAGCCACGAGCCCGGACCCCAAAAUUUAUGAACCCGAAGAAUCGAAAGCCGAAGAGUACGAAGCAGAUUUUACUAUGUGGGAAAUGGAGGCAGCCAUCGACAAAGGCAACGAGCGGAGUGCGGCGGGCCCUGACGGGAUUACCAACUCCAUGCUCAAAAACCUCCCGGAGGUGGUCAAACAUAACUUGCUGAAAUCGAUCAACAACGCGUGGCACGAGGGAAACAUACCCGAAAAGUGGAAACUGUCCUGGGUGUGCCCCAUACCCAAACCAGGGAAGAAGCCGGACUGCGCGAGCAACGUGCGCCCAAUUUCGCUUACAUCUGUUCUCAGCAAACUGAUGGAGCGUAUGGUGCUCGCGCGCAUCGAUUGGAUAAUUGAGCAUAAAAGAGAAGUGUUGCAUCCCGCCCAGACGGGGUUCCGCAAGAACCUUGGCACGCAGGACAGCUUAGUCCUCAUUCGGGAGUACUUGGUGAAUCGGCCAACGCAUUGCCACCCACAACUCCUGGUAGCAGUGGACAUUAAAAAAGCUUUCGACACCCUACCUCACGCGACGGUUAUUGACACGGCCCGAAAACUGGGUGUGCGGGGCAGACCCCUGAACUUCAUCAAGGCCUUCCUGAGCGGACGAAAGUACCUGGUCAAGACCGGCAAGCACUGUAGCAGCGAACAGAAGACGAAUGAAAUAGGCGUGCCACAAGGAGCAGUGCUUUCACCGGUGCUCUUCAACCUGGCGAUGGCGCCGCUCCUAUGGCGGCUCGCCGUCAUUCCGGACUUGGCAUUCACAGUCUACGCGGACGACAUCACGGCGUGGACUAUGGGAAGUGACAACGCGCCCCCUCCCGAGACAACGAUCCAAAGGGCCCUUGACGUGGUGAGCGACUUCCUGAAGGAGGUCGGUCUCAACCCGUCACCUGAAAAGACAAGAUACUUAGCCUUUGGCAAAGGCUGGGAAAAGAUCGACGCGGACCUGCGCUUUGACGGUCAGAAGAUCGACAAAGUGGCCGAGCACUCCAUUCUAGGGGUGAACGUCCACUCGGGCGGCAACCCAAGCACCUGGAUCGAACGUAUGCGAAGCACGUGGAAGAAAGGACUUUCGAUCGUCCGACGCUUAGCGACACGGGCCGGGGGCCUGGGAGAAAGAUUAGCGAAGACCGUGGUCCAAGCCGCCCUUAUAUCCAAGAUCUCGUACGGCCUCCGUUUCUACAAAUUCAACACCGCUCAGCGGGCCAAACUGGAAACAUUGAUUAACGACGCACGACGCUGCAUCUCGGGCUUGCCGAAGUGCACACGCCUGGACCUACUGCACGAAGCAGUCCCGAUGCUCUCCCUUGAAGAGAUCGAGCAGAAUCAGGAGCGAACCUACGGUGCCAAACUGGCGCACACCCGACAGGGCAGGGCCCUAUUAGAACUCAUGCCUCCGUGGAGCUCUCUGUGCGCGCAGACCGCUCAGUCACUAAUACCGGACCCCAUCCCACCAUGGCAGAAGACGAUGGUCACCCCGGCCUGUCCAAUCCCGAGAAGGAUGAAUUCAACGACUAACGCCGGUAGAAGACGCAAGUUUGCCCGGCGGCACGAAGAGAAGGGAGGCGACGGCGACGACGAACUUCGAGUAUACGUCGAUGCCGCGUUCAAGGAUGGAGUGGCGACCACAGCGGCAUGGCAUUAUGAACACGUGACGAAAUGCAAGGAACUGCAACACUGUGGAUCCGCGCAGGAAGCCGAAGUAAAUGCCGUACUCGAAGCCAUCAAGGACACGGCAGUGUCAUCAAGCGAUGUAUUUCACAAAUUGCGCGUUUUCACGGACUCCCAGGCAACCGUGAGGGCACUUAGAACGCAGGUCAAGGCACACGCCGCAGUCGGAGAGAUCUUCCGGCUAGCGCAUGAACUGGAGCGACGCGACCCGAACCCACUCUCCAUAAGCGUAGAGUGGAUUCCUGGUCACGCGGGCAUAGACGGUAACGAGAAGGCACACCGGGCGGCGAUCGAAGAGCUUAAUCGUAUCGACCUUCGACGCCAGGACCCGGUUGCGGCCCCCUUUGUGCUACCGCCAUCGUCCGUUUUCAACUUAUACGACCCCGAGGGCACCGUCCUCAACAUUAAACUGGCGAUGAAAAAAGUGAAAGCCAUGAAGCUCAAUGCCAAAGGCGAGCUCCCUGAAGCGAGCAUUCCUUUGGGUUUCUUUCGACGGCAUCAGACGGUCAAGCUGCGAAGACUCAGGGCCCACGCCGCCAUCACGCCGGCCCGCACCCAGCGAUGGGAGCGGGCGGCCCGCGAGAGGAAGAAGAGAGUUGACGGCGCUUCGAUUGCAAUAGACCACGACUACAGCUUGUUAUCAAGAAAGCUGCGGCGAGAAGAGGAAGCCUGCUCAAAGGGCUGCAUCUACUGCACAAAUCGCGACGUAGAGUGCGACGAGCAUCACCUCGUAUGGGAGUGCCCAAACUUCCACGAGGAGAGAACGAAAGCCCUGGACGCGUUAGACCAACAACUCCGCCCCACCUCCUUCGAAGCCUGGUGUCGACCUGAGGGAGAAAGGGACAAGCGCGUCGCGGUCCUGUCCGGCCUGCUCAGUUACCUGAGCGAGACCGGGCUGGAUAUGCACAUAUAA